UUCUGAUACUGUCUGCAAGAAAGUCUUAUCUAGGCACCCAAAUGCAGAUAACCUCUUGAGCUUUUUAACUCUUCAGUUUUUUAAAUGGGUUUUUAAUAUCAUUCCAUAUCGUUCCACUGGCAUGCUGACAAUUUUUGUUUUGUUUUACAUUACCGAUUCAGAGACUGGUUGUUGGGGCCAAAAUGAACUUGUAUGGGACUGUCAUGGAAAGAGGAGGGAUAACAUCUUUUUGCUUUCUGCACCUUGGCAUUUAUCUUGUCCUCAGCAUACACUGCUCACGGGCUAACGCCUUUUGGAUAGCCAAUCUCAACAUCUCCUUUCAGGUAGGAAAUCAGACUGUGUGGGAGAUCUCAGAAAAUGGAAUCUUCGCCAAAGCCUCUCCUUUGAAGAAGGUGUCUGGAGUUCUGGUACCUCCCAAAGAACCACAUCAAAAUGCAUGCAGCUCCAUGACAGAUUUUGAUAAGUCAGUAAAUUUUGACAGCUGGAUAGCUCUCAUCAUGAGAGGACAAUGUUCCUUUAUCAAAAAAAUUAAUGUGGCUGCAGAAAAGGGAGCUAUUGGUGUGAUCGUUUAUAAUGUUCCAGGUACAGGAAACAACGUCUUUCCCAUGUUUAAUUUUGGAGCAGAAGAUAUUGUAGCGGUUAUGAUCGGCAACCUAAAAGGCAUGGACCUCUUGCAUUUGACUCAGAAUGGCAUCCAGGUGCUAGUAACAAUUGAAGUAGGGAAGCACUAUUACCCAUGGCUGACUCACUAUAUGGGUACAAUUUUCAUUUUUGCAUCAAUUGCUGUAGCAUAUUGCACCUUUUACUGUGCUAGAAGGCUGAGAAGAGCAAGGAAUCCAGGACAGAGAGGUCAGCAGACACCUAGUAUUAAUAAGGCCAUUAAUCAACUUGAACUUCGCACAUUGAAAGAAGAUGACAGGGAAGUUGGAUCAAAUGGAGAUAACUGUGCAGUGUGUUUGGAAAUAUAUAGGUCUAAAGAUGUAGUACGGGUUUUGAAUUGCAGACAUCUUUUCCACAAAGGAUGUGUUGACCCUUGGCUUCUAAAGCACCAGACAUGCCCAGUGUGCAAGUGGGACAUGCUUACAGCAGUGGAAAGCGUUACAACUGAAGCGGAGCCAUUCAGUACUCUAAUACCAAAUGAUGCGCCUUCCUGUGCCAGUUCUCCUAAUGAAGAGGGCAAUCAGGAAAUACAUGCAGGAGUACAAGAAGGCAUACAGGCCCAGUUGGGGGCCAAGUAACUUUUCCACACCAAUUGUUUCAUUCUUAAAGAUCACGCUUAAGCAUGCAUGAAAUAAAGUUCUACAGCUGUCUCUGUACAACUUCAAUUUUUCUUUAUCUUGUGACAGUGAUUUUUUUUAGCUUCAUUUAUCUGGACCAUAUGAUGAAUGAGUUGAACAACCACUUUGAACAUUUCUUCUAGAAAGGCAGAGUAGAAAUACUUAAAUUAAAAUUACUUUAGGUUGUGUGUAUUAAAAACAAAUCUUAAAAAUUGAA